UUUAGGGCCCCAAUCCUUGGGGCAUGGCGGCAAGAUUGACCUUCAUCGAACCGUGCCAUUUUCGAUGAGAUGGAAAUGGUUUGUGCAGCAACUUUUUGGAGGGCUUCAUCCAAUUCCAGGUGCAAGCGCACUUGUGAAACAAGCUGGACAUGAUACGGCCAGUCUGUGUGGUGCUUCCCGCACAGACUUCCAGUCAUUGCUGGGAGCAUGUCCAGUCUUGGUAUACCGCGGGCUCAUCAAUCCAAAGCUCUGCCAAGAGUCGACGCAGAUUCUCCUUGAAGGACGCUUCGCUGAGUGGAGGCUCGGCCAAGAUCCUGAUGCACCAGCCUCUGACUACACGAAGAUUGGCUACACAAAAACCGAUGUCCUGAUCCAAGAAGGUUUUCGCAUGACUGCGACAAGUGCAGCGCCAGAGAAAUACAUUUCCAGCGCUUUGGAGACGACCAAGCUCCUGCAGAAAGCCCUUGGAGGUGAUUUCUUCCAUGCUUUGGCCAGCAAGUUUGCUCCUUUGGGCAUCAGCCUGCAACUGGAGCAGUGUCCAUUGUCACAGCGGCCCUUUUUGCCGUGCGUGGUGCGGCGAAUGGAACCAGGUGGCCGCCGCAAAGAGGGUAACAUACACAUGGAUACAGUUGUGCCUGGAAGCACCUUGUCUUUGAAUGUGUAUUUGAAUGUUCCGGAGAUGUCUGGCGGAGAGCUAGUCCUUUAUCCCAUUCGCAAGGAUUCUUUGCAGCGAUUCUUGAACUCCCAUUUCUUUGAGACCAUUGAUUUGCAAAACUUCUUUCCAGACAAAGAGUUCUACACGAAGGAGAUGCUGAAAGAAGUCGAACCGAUUGUCUACUCUCCUGCCACGGGAGACGUGGUUUUCAUCGAUCCUGCAUAUCCACAUGCUGUGCGAGACUUUGUUGUGUCAGAGAAAUCUGUGGGUCCUACUUCCCGACUUUCUCUUCAAACGUUCAUGCAGGUUUCAGGCUCACUCGAAGGAAAUGAAGAGCUGCGGCUGGAAUAUGCAGUUUGACUUCUGAGUGAUCCAUGGAAAUGAUGCCAUGCUAGCUGCUAGUUGUUUAGUGAAGUUGUGCCAAGAGCUUCAAGCCCAAAAGUCACGUGACUCACAUCACUUCAUGGUUCCUUUGGUCCAGCAUUUGCUCAGAAGUGGGAUUGUGCAGCGACAGUUAUAUAUACUAUUAUAUACUGUGACGGACAUGCACCAUGCGCACAUUCUUUGAGUUGGUGCUGGUAGCCUUCUUUGAGAGUCGGUUGUUGUCUUGCCACAGGUUCAUCCCUUUUCGUCAUGCUUUUGGAGCGUGUCUUUGUUUCUGAGCUGCUCCCAGUCAGAUGAACUUACUGUAACAGUAACAGAAAGGCUCGUUGUGGGGAACAGAUUGGUGGGAACGAGCUGCGCAACAAAAAGAACAUGUCUUUGGGAAACAC